AUGGUUCAAUGGCUGCAUGAGAGUUUCCGGAGCGACAACAUACUCCUUCUUCCGCACAGUAUCGAAGAUGAGCAACUAGGAUCCCGCGUUGCAGUCAACUAUCCAGAGCCGUGGGUUCUCGGCUUCGAGUUCAGUCGCCCAGAACCAUUUUCCUCAAUGGGAAGAGCUGAUUUUGAGCCAAUGCGAGAUAUCUAUCGCCACCCAGACCGACAAGGCCAGCCCAUGGAUAUGUUCAAGAAGGUCCACGAUAUCUACGCGCUCGGUGUUGUGUUACUUGAGAUUGGACUUUGGGAACCGGCUGUUAAAUUGGAGAAGAACAUGUUCGCACAUGCCAGCAACCCGCAUGCAGUUCAGGCGCAGCUGAUCAAACAUGCACAACGACGGCUUGAAUCUAGCGUUGGACGGAAGUAUAAAGAAAUUGUUCUCAAGUGUCUUACUGGUGACUUUGGGAUCGAAGAUGAUACGAAAGAAGAUUUGAAACUUCAGCAGGCGUUUCAGUAUCAGAUUGUUGAUGUCGUUGAGAUGGCUGCGAAUUACGUAUAG